AUGGAACUCGUUGGCUAUCGCGACUUUUUAUCCGACCAGCAAUUCCUUGCCAUCGUCUCGUUCGCCCUGGUGGCACUCGCCGCCGCCGAUGUCAGCCACCUGAGCAACACCUAUCUGCCGCCCCAGCAGGUGGCCGCCGCCAGCACCUACUCGGCGCCAGUGUACAGCGCCGCCAAGACUUACGCCGCCCCGGCAGCCACCUAUACGAGCCAGUCGUAUGUUGCUCCAGCUGCCUCCUCGCAGAGCGCUUCCUAUGCUGCGCCGGCUGCUAGCUUUGCUGCCGAGUCUGUUGCUGCUCCAGCUGCUGCCUACACCAGCGACGCCUCGUAUGUGGCGCCAGCUGCCAGCUUCCAGAGCGCUUCCUAUGCCGCCCCAGCGCCGUCUUUCGUCAGCAAGUCCUACAGCGCUCCGGCUGCCAGCUUCACCGAUGAUGCCUCCUAUGCUGCUCCUGCUGCCAGCUUCGAGAGCGCCUCCUAUGCCGCUCCAGCUACCGCUUUCGCCAGCAAGUCCUACAGCGCUCCUGCCGCCAGCUUUGCCAGCGAAUCGUCGUAUGUUGCUCCUGCUGCCACCUUCGAGAGCGCCUCCUAUGCCGCUCCAGCUACCGCUUUCGCCAGCAAGUCGUAUGCCGCACCUGCCGCCAGCUUUGCCAGCGAAUCGUCGUAUGUUGCUCCUGCUGCCAGCUUCGAGAGCGCCUCCUAUGCCGCCCCAGCGCCGUCUUUCGUCAGCAAGUCCUACAGCGCUCCUGCCGCCAGCUUUGCCAGCGAGUCGUCGUAUGUGGCCCCAGCUGCCACCUUCGAGAGCGCCUCGUAUGCUGCUCCCGCACCCGUUGCUGCCGCCAGCUACAGCGCCCCGGUGGUGAGCUACUCCGGAGCCAGCUCCUCCGGCAUUGACACCGUCUACGGCUCCAACGGAGGCUAUCGUCCGUUCGCCAUUUGCUCUGCUCUGCUGGCCCUGGCCGCCUUGGGCGUGGCCAGUCCUUUGGGCAACAGCUACCUGCCGCCCCAGGCCAAUGCGUACAGUAGCUACAACUCGGCUGGAUCGAGCGCCGCCGCCAGCUCCUAUGCACCGACGCGCUCGCAUGGAUAUGCCCCAUCAGCCAGCUAUUCGACGCCAUCUCGACAGUAUCUGGCGCCGACCUCGUCUCUGAGCAGCUAUUCGACGGCAGGUGCCAGCAGCUACUCCGCCCCAGCAAGUCACUCAUCCUCGGCCUCGUCAUAUGCACCCGUGGCAGCUCCCUCUCGUCAGUACCUGGCGCCAGCCGCCUCCCACAGCAGCUACUCCGCCCCAGCCGCGUCUCACAGCAGCUACUCCUCCGCUGCCUCAUCAUAUGCACCUGUAGCAGCUCCCUCUCGUCAGUAUCUGGCGCCAGCAGCAUCUCACAGCAGCAGCUACUCCGCUCCAGCCAUCUCCCACAGCAGCUACUCUGCUCCAGCCGCAUCUCACGGCAGCUACUCCUCCGCUGCCUCAUCAUAUGCACCCGUGGCAGCUCCCUCUCGUCAGUAUCUGGCGCCAGCAGCAUCUCACAGCAGCAGCUACUCCGCUCCAGCCGUCUCCCACCGCAGUUACUCCGCUCCAGCCAUCUCUCACAGCAGCUUCUCAUCGUCGGCGUCAACAUAUGCACCUGUAGCAGCUCCCUCUCGCCAGUACCUGGCGCCAGCCGCGCACAGCCACAGCAGCUACUCCGCUCCAGCCAUCUCGCAUAGCAGCUAUUCCGCUCCAGCCGGCUCCCUCAAUGGUUAUUCGUCCCCAGCUCGUUACGCUUCCUCCCAUGGUCUUGGAUUGGGUGCCUUUGCAACAGCUUCGUCCUCGUCCGCUCGUAGUUUUGGGCACGGCUCCGGAGGAUCGCGCCAUGCAAGCGGAGGUGCCUAUGGUCACGGCAGUUCUGCAGGCGGCACUCGCUACGCCUCCAACGGUGGCUAUGCAUAUCGUCAUAAGCAUUAAACUGAUCUCUACAUUAUUAUAAAUCGGGCUAAAGGUUUACAGCUUUCAUAUAUGUAUACACAUAU